UCUAUGCUCUCAUUGGUCGCUCCGGCGCUCUGGUUUCCUGUUCCUUCCCGGCUUCCGUCCUUUCCUUUCGCGUCGGCGGCUCGAGUCCUUCGUCGCUACUAUGGCCAAGAUCAAAGCCCGUGACUUACGAGGGAAGAAGAAGGAGGAGCUGCUGAAACAGCUGGACGACCUCAAGGUGGAGCUGUCUCAGCUGCGUGUCGCCAAAGUGACUGGUGGAGCAGCCUCCAAACUCUCCAAAAUCCGGGUGGUUCGCAAAUCCAUCGCCAGAGUGCUGACUGUCAUUAACCAGACCCAGAAGGAAAACCUCCGGAAGUUCUACAAAGGCAAGAAAUACAAGCCCCUGGACCUGCGGCCCAAGAAGACGCGAGCCAUGAGGCGACGGCUCAACAAGCACGAGGAGGGGCUGAAGACCAAGAAACAGCAGCGGAAAGAGCGCCUCUACCCGCCUCGGAAGUAUGCCGUGAAGGCAUGAGCCUCAGGCGUGCCCCUGACCCACUGGCUAGCAUUUUCCCAUUAAAGGUGUCUUUUUCCUUUGGAA